GGAGCUGGGCUUGGUCCCCGGCUCCUCGGCCCGCGGGACCAGCCGCCGGGGCCGGGGAGGGGCACGUGCUUCCCCGCGCGGGUCUCGCUCCGCAGUCUGCACGUCUCAGCGGGACCCCUCAGGCCGCUCCAGCAGUGGCCUUCUAGGACCAGAGAUCGAGAAGUGCCUGCACCCUGUGCCUUUCAUCCACACUAAUUUGGCUGCAGUGACUCUCGUUCAAGGGACACUUUGGAUAGCUUAUUACAGCUCUUCUUACAACAUUCCUGGCUCGCAUGUCACAAGUCUCUAGGAUCAAGAGCCAAGUCAGUUUUCCUCUCAGGGCCUCUUGGGGCCACUAGCCGAGAGCCCCCUCCUGUGAAUGACCGCUGAGGAAGACAAUGAAUGAGGCGAAGGAGUCUCUUCGAAACAUUGAGCAGAAGUACAGGCUCUUCCAGCAGCAACAGCUCACCUUCAUCACCGCUCUGGAGCACUGCAGGGAGAACGCCCACGACAAGACCCGGCCCAUCGCCAGCAUCGGACAGGUGCAGAGCUACACGGAGCAUUACUGCAACAACUCCACAGACCGGCGCGUUCUGCUCAUGUUCCUGGACAUCUGCGCAGAGCUGAACAAGCUGUGUCAGCACUUCGAAGCCCUCCACUCCGGCACCCCGGCCACCAACAACCUGCUUGAGAAAUGCAAAUCCAUGGUUAGCCAAAGCAACGACCUGAGCAGCCUCAGAGCAAAGUACCCUCACGACGUGGUGAACCACCUCAGCUGUGACGAGGCCAGGAACCACUACGGAGGUGUCGUCAGCCUCAUCCCCAUCACCCUGGACUUAAUGAAAGAAUGGAUCGCCCACUCAGAGAAGCUGCCCCGCAAAGCCCUGCAGCAUGUGAGUGAGCCCCAGGCACGCCAGGAAGCCACCGGGGUGGCUGCUCGCCCUUCCUGGACCACAGGCACCCAGCCUCGGUUAAGAAAGCACAAAUGUAGGCGACUUACAAAAGACAGCCCCAAACGUAGGGGGAAUGACACAGGAUGUUUCAAACCUCCCUGGAGACCGCCUGGUGGGCAACUGUAACUCAUAGCUGGCAACCUGCUGUGUCCUGUAGCGUGCUUGGUCACUUAACUUGGUCUCCACUGGCUGAUCCAUUCUUUGGCAUCCACAGUCCCCACCACGGAUGAACCCCAGAGGGGCCUGCCCAAUAUACUGUUGAGAACCUCUCUUCCUCUCUCACUUUCACUUCUAAGCUCUCCUCACCUCUGAGUGUCAGGCUCUGUGCCAAUGAAGAGGACCCCCACUUCCGGUGUUGGUGGGAGCAGGUGUCCCGGGGAGGCUGCUGAGAACUGGGGUCACCAGCCUGCCCAGGUGCUCUGGGAGCUGCCAGCCUGCACCCUGCCAGGCCCGGCCACGCUGCAGGUCUGGCUUUCUGGGCCGAGCCGCUGAGCCGGAGGCCUGCCAGCUCCUUUCCCACCACAGCGGCAACCGUAGGCAAGGCUCGGCUCCUGCAAGGUCCAGCUGCUCAGCCUGCCAGGAUGCUGAGGGCCGGCACGGUGGACUUCCUCAGUGUGAUUAGGUCUCUGAACCAAAACCCAAAGGGGAGCGAACCUGCCUUUGCUCUCCUUUACUUGGGAGAGGGGAGACCAUGAGAGAAACCGGAAGAAUUCUGAUUUUAUGGCUCCUGUGCAAGGACAGUUUCCUGAUUUUCACAACACAGUCAAGGCCCCGACAUUACAGAAUGUGUCUCUGGCUCUUGAGCUUGCUGGAAGUUCUGACUGACUGUUGGCUUUUCCCUUCACAGGGGGCGACUUAGCUUCUGUGUUCUUGCUUCCUCGGGGGCGACCGUCAAGAAUAAAAAGUGUUCUCCCCUCUC